GGGUGGUUCCGUUCCCAAACGUCUGUGGCGGUCCAAACUUGGCCCGGUAUGAUCGUUUCCACCGUGAGCCUGAGCUGCGUGCGCUGUUCCGGGGGAGAAGCCGGCGGCACGGACGCGUCCGCGCCUCCGGUGCCUCCAGUGCCUCUGUCCCUCAGCCCGACCGGGCACGCGGUGGUCGCAGUGUGUCUCGGUUUUAUCGGCACCUUCGGCUUCCUGAGUAACUUCACGGUGCUGGCCCUUUUCUGUCGGUACCGGAUCCUGCGCACGCCCAUGAACCUGCUGCUGGUCAGCAUCUCGGCCAGCGACCUGCUGGUCAGCCUGCUCGGGACCCCGUUCAGCUUCGCCGCCAGCACCCAAGGGCGCUGGCUGAUCGGGCGCGCCGGGUGCGUGUGGUACGGCUUCGUCAACUGCUGUCUGGGAAUUGUCUCUCUGAUCUUGCUCGCCGUACUGUCCUACGAACGCUAUUCCACUAUGAUGUCGCCCAUUAUGGCCGACGCCAGAGACUACCGUCCGGCGUUUGGAGGGAUAUGCUUCUCCUGGCUUUACUCUGUGGCCUGGACUGUGCCUCCACUGAUGGGGUGGAGCAGGUACGGACCUGAGGGUCCUGGCACCACCUGCUCUGUCGACUGGAGAACCCAGACGGUCAACAACAUCUCCUACAUUAUCUGCCUUUUCAUCUUCUGCUUGGUCCUGCCAUUUGGCGUCAUCGUCUACUCAUACAGCAAGCUGCUGUGUGCCAUCAGACAGGUCCACAGUGCACGUUCAGCAGUGUGCCACUGCCGGGAGCAGCGGGUGCUUGUGAUGGUCAUCACCAUGGUGGUGUGUUAUCUGGUCUGCUGGCUGCCCUAUGGGGUCGUAGCGCUGCUUGCGACCUUUGGUCCCCGUGACGUUUUGACCCCAGAGGCGAGCAUCACACCAUCACUCUUGGCCAAGUGCUCCACUGUCAUCAACCCUUUUAUCUACAUAUUCCUGAACAAACAGUUCUACAGGUGCUUUCUGUCAUUCUUUAGAUGUUCACUGCCCGAGCAGAGCGCCACCAUAAAGACGUUUUCGAGGGUGACAAAGACACUCCACAUCAUCCGGCCGACAAAUGAACAAAACGUAUAUGACCACACUACGUUCUCUGCUCCACCCACACCAAAAUCCGUGCCCGCAUCCUCCGAGGAAGCCAAUCGCGUGUCCGCACUGCCAUCGACUCCAUGCACCUCUGCUGAUGUUCCCAAACCAAAAGUAAUCCUGGUGGCCCACUACAGGAAAUAGGAAUAUCAAAGAGCCUUGAUGAAGGGACAGUGGAUUGG